UUGGAUCUGUGAUGUCAUUAGGGAACAAUGGUUUCACCUUCUCUCUGAAUCUAUGGGAAUCGCCAAUGAUCUAAAAGGUUUAACUAUGUUUGGGCGUUUUGCGCCGAAUUCUUUAGCUCUACUGGCUGUGGUUGUUAUUGUUCUACAGAUUGUGUAUAAUAGUCCGGCGCUUGCUAAACCCCGACCACAACAAUUCUUAAACACGAAACAAUGGACAGGUAGUGCUAAUGAUAGACACUGGUCCGAUAGUGAUUCUAUAGGGACUCCUCUAACCCAGAGGUUAAAGAGAAGAGUUUCCGAACAGGAAGAUAUACUUAAAGAUCAAAAUGGUUUCAAGGUUUUGACUGCUUCUACUGAGAAGAGAGAAGGAAUUCAAACGCCAAUAGAACCGCUUCAUGAAUCAAGUGUAUCAAAUCAUGGAUCAAAUUUAAAAUCACUAAACGAUGCUGAUACAAGUGGGAUUUCCGGAACUGCUCGGGCAAACAUCAACAGUGGCUCGGCGCAGAGUCGAUCAGGAGUUUCCGUAUCUAAACCUAACGAAGYUACGCCGAGUGGAAAUUCGGUAAGCAKUGGAAAUAAUGAUGCAAAUGGGCAAAAACGAGAGGAUGUGUCAAAAGCAAGUAAAASUACAAAUAAUAACAAUGAUACACCAAAGGACAAAAAUGAUAAASYAAGUGACUCAAAAACACAGGAUACCCAAUCAAGCCCAAAUUCUGUCACRGUACAAGGAAACACUGUMAACGGACGUCCAAUAAGCUCGUUAAGCUCCGACCCUGUUCGGGAUCCACUCGGUAAUAGCGGCGCUGAGGUCGUAACAUCACAYCCACUUUUUGAAGACCGCGCACAAAACGAGCGCGGGAAUUAUUUAGAUGCGCGUUCUGAGGAUGGAGAACGUGGAGGCUCCAAGGAAACGUCUAGUGGACCAGAAGUUGGGCAUUUUCAAGUGGAUGAUAAGUCAGCUGAUUUAGAAAUCAAUGCUAACUCUGCUGGAGUGAAAGUUAAAGCUAAACCAGCGUCAUUACAGGUUGUUUCACGACCUGGUGCACAYCCCCCUACCCCUGUCGUUCCUGUAGCUCCUAUCAAUCCAUUUUAUCACCAUCAUCACUUCCAUCCGUUCUAUGAUGGAUACAGGCGAAGACGCAUGGGUCCGUUACAUAGACGAUACUAUAAUAGUCCAUAUCAUGCGCAUUAUAGGAAUUGGAUUCCACCACCUCACUUYCAUCGAUAUUGGCGACAUUACCUCGACGAUGAGCCGGCAUUCCGACGAAGCUACGAACAAUUCCCGUAUCCAUACCAUCAUCGACACCAUCACCACUACAGGUAUCCCGACUCAGAUCUCUACGAACGCUCGAGAAUGGAAGAAAUGUACGAGUACCCGAGAUUUAGACGUCGAUUCCAUGGACCGUAUAUACGGCAUAUGUACGAUGAUGACUUCGAGACAAGAUUCCACAUUCCUCGAGUCCCGAGGCCAUUUGUCCGACMCGAUAUCGUCACCCCGGUCCCUCCACCGGUGAACGUAUACGGUAAUCCACCACCCGCUAUUUUAAAUGGSUCACCGGCAGCUAGAUUCUUUGGCCCCAAUCUAGGACCUUUCACUCCUAUGCCAAUGGCAGGAAUGAUGCCCGCAAUGUAUGGACCUGGACCUGGAUUUAUGGGACCCGGGAUGCCUGGAUUUGGAAUGUUUGGACCAGGAAUGCCGGGACCGAUGGCCGGGCUGGUUCAAGGAUUCGGAGAACAGGAAAGCAAUGAAACACCCAGGAACGUAAAGAAAGCAUCAAUACAACGAUCUGGAAAAACGAAGAACACGAAAAAACUAACUGAAACUCCAAAGAAGAASAGCAAACAUUUGAAAAAGAUUCUGAAAAAGUUUAUCGGCAAAGUGCACGAUACCAAAUCCAGCAAUUCUAACACGUUCCCUGAGGUGAAGCAUCGUUCUCGCAGGUCAGCAGAUGCAGAACCAAAAGCUAAGAAAUCAAUCAACUCAACGCAUCACCUUCAUCCACAGAAGAAAAAGGAUCAGAAAGGCGCUCGUAAAAAUGCCAUUAUAAUGCAUAGACCUCCCAUCAUAUACCACCCACCACCAGAGAUUUAUCAUCGACCAGAUAUCGUAGUACAUCGGGCACCUAUACUGUUACACCGACCGUCCAUCAUCUAUCACCAACCUCCCGUAGUGGUACAUCGACCGGCCAUUAUWUACCAUCAACCAUCUAUUGUMUUCCACCAACCACCUCCYAUGGUACAUCAACCAAUCAUGCAUUCUCAUGACACUUACAUGACUAGACCUAUGAUCUUACACUCAGCGUCUAUGUUGUCACAUGCGACUAAUUAUCUUGGCAUUCCAAACCACGUGUUCGAAGGCGACUUUGGCGAUUGUCAUGGUUUACAUUGCCGCGCUUUUCGUAAGCACGCUGUACCACAUAAACUGAAAACUUCACGAGCUGAAGUACAAGGAAAGAUCUCUAAUAAAAGUAGUAAAACAAAAGCUAAACACCAUUCCUCRUCACGGCCAAAACGUGACAUCUACGCUGAUUAUAUUGAUCAUCUUGAAUCUAUGAAAUCCACSUGGGCCCCAAGAAAAGUGAAGAGAGAUCUAGAGUACUUAACCACUAAAGAAGCCUCUUCAGAAGCAUUGACUUUUAAAAAUCCCGMUAUUGGAAAGCGUGACGAAAUCAGCAGAGUCCCUGAAAAGGAGUCACGCAACGGUAACAAACGUGACUUGGAUGAUGAUAUGGACGAUUCUAGGACAGCCCCGAAAAAGAAAAAGGACGUUGUUGUUAAUCGACCUCCAAUCAUAUAUCAUCCUCCACCGGAAGUSUACCACAGACCGGAUAUUGUAGUACAUCGACCACCGCUAGUCAUACACAGGCCACCGAUUAUCUACCAUCAGCCUCCAGUUAUUGUGCAUCGUCCAGCGGUCGUAUACCAUCAACCACCUAUUGUCUUCCAUCAACCACCACCAGCUGUCAGUCAACCGUUGUUGUUCUCCCAUGAUUCYUUUACUGUACAUCCAUCGUUCUACGCGACGCAUCACGGAUCGGUUGUACGGGACUAUGGACAUUACAUAGGAAUACCGAACAUUGUAUCGAACUAUGGUGCCCCGUUAUUCCACUCACAUAUGGGAAAGAGGUCYAAGAUUAGCAAACCAUCCAAAGGUGAUAAAAAGUCUAUAACACCAGCAGCGAAAAAGACAAUAAAGGCACAAAAGAAGAAGACCAAYUCAGAAAAGGCCCACAAGAAGAACUCGGUGGUGAUMCGUCGUCCUCCUAUCAUCUACCACCCACCACCAGAGAUCUACCACCGUCCAGAUAUCGUUGUUCACAGAGCACCAAUAAUGAUCCACAGGGCACCCAUUGUGUACCAUCARCCACCAGUUGUAGUCCACAGACCAGCAAUAGUCUACCACCAACCUUCUUUGGUGUUCCAUCAGCCUCCUCCUGUCGUUCAUCAGCCUAUGUAUCAUUCACAGGAUACGUAUGUCACGCAUUCCGUCGCUGUACCGUAUGAAAGUCACAUAAGUCAUCACACAACUUACUUAGGUAUUCCUAAGCAUGCUUAUAUGAACUAUGAUUUCCACUGGAAUGACCAUCACAUGAGACAUGGCGGUUUUGAUCGCGGUUACAACAGCGAAUUUCAGCACAAUUACGGAGAUGGAUACUACAAAUCACAAGUUCCCACUAACAAGAAAGCUGCAGCRCGGGACCAAAUCUUGAAGGCMAAACAUCAUAAAAAGUCACUGAAAAAGAAGAAAUCAAAAGAAGAAAAGCCAAAAAAGAAAAACUCCGUGGUUAUCAAACGCCCUCCGAUUAUUUAUCAUCCACCACCGGAGAUUUUUCAUCGACCGGACAUUAUAGUACACAGAGCACCCAUCUUGGUCCAUCGGGCACCAAUUGUGUAUCACCAACCSCCGGUCAUYGUUCAUCGGCCGGCUAUUGUCUACCAUCAACCAAACAUYGUGUUCCAUCAGCCUUCACCAAUGGUCCAUCAGCCAAUUAUGCGUGCGCAUGACACGUUUGUGACACACCCUGUUGCCAGGUUGUAUGGUACAACAGUACACCAUGUUGGCUCGUUUACUGCAACACCGCAUUCAUAUUACAACGGCGAACACCAUACCCGAUAUUUGGCGUAUGGAAAGUCUAAAGUCCCUAUCAGCUCGGCCAAGCAAGAGAAGGCAGACUCUCGUGAUAAAAUCAAGUAUUCUAAAGAGAUGGAGGAUUUGGAGAUGGGCAGCGCAAGUGGUAGCGGUGAUUUCGUGGAAUUCGACGACGAAGGAAGUGGUGUUAGCGGAUCUGCUGACUUAGCUAUCGAAGUUGUAAAGACCAAACCUGCUAAAUCAAAGUUAMACAAAUCAAAGGUCAGCAACGAGGAUGCAUCAAAGAAAGCUGAAAUACCAAACAGCAAAGAGAAGGGAGCAACAGAUGAGAAAGCUGCUAAAGGAAGCAAAAAGAACUCUGUKGUGAUUCACAGRCCACCUAUUAUCUACCAUCCUCCUCCAGAAAUUUAUCAUCGGCCAGACAUCGUCGUUCAUCGKCCACCCAUCGUGCUGUACCGUGCACCAAUCAUUUAUCAUCAACCACCCGUCGUCGUGCAUCGUCCAGCRAUCGUUUAUCAUCAGCCKGAGAUUGUGUUCCAUCAGCCACCUCCUGUAGUCCAUCAACCAAUUAUGCACUCGCAUGACACUUAUGUCACGCAUUCUGUUGUUGUACCAGUUGGAAGUCAUCUCAGUAACGUACAACACUACCACGGCGUCCCACACGAAGAGAUCUACAUGCAAGGGAUAGGCCACGGUACUUUUAGCGGCAAGACUAGGCUAGGUCAUGACUCCUUCACUAAGUCUAUUCUGCCACUGCGAAUGCGUCACAUGAAGAAACCGCUGAAGGUACGAAGCAGACGAGCUGUUGAUGAUCUACCCCCAGGAAAAGCAACGUUCGAAGAUUCAAGGCAACCAAUCGGUGCUGGAGAACGUAUUCGACGAGCGGUUGAGGAGGACUUGGAGGGAGGUGAGGAAGUAAAUGUUGUUUUAAAACGAAGCRGUACGGGAACGGGUGUUGAAAGAAGUGAGAAUACGUUAGACAGUUUUAACUUAACAAAGAAUUCUACUCAUGAAACCGAUCAUUUGCACAAUGACACUGGUAGUAAAAAAACCAUCAUAAUCAUCCGCCGGCCACCGAUCCUUUUCCAYCCACCAAGUCAUGUCAUCCACAGACCUAAUAUCAUGGUACACAGGGCACCUAUCGUUGUCCAUCGUCAUCCAUUAAUCAUUCACAGACCACCUAUAUUGCUUCAUCGUAUGCCGAUUAUCAUCCAUCGUCCACCUGUACUCAUUCACAGACGGCCAAUGAUUGUUCAUAGGCCUGAUCUUGUAUUCCAUCGUCCACCAGUYCUUAUUCACCGUCAUCCAUAUAUUGUCCAUCCACAUCCAUAUUUGAUUCGCCGACCACCUAUAGUCAUCCAUAAAGGUCCACAAAUGAUGGUCCAUCACUCUCAGUACAUCCAUCAUUUCCCAACGCAUAUCAUUCACAUGGGAUGCCAYGGGUGUGGCUGUGGAGGGGGGAUGUGUGGAAAGAGUAAGGUCCCCAAGGUUACAAAGAAAGAUGUAACGAACCUGAAUGCCACUGAAGAAAAUCACAAGACCCUCAGUGAAAAUUUUGCUUCAGAUCUUAAGAUCAACAGCCAAGGGAUUAAAGAUAUUACAGGGAAUUACAAGUUCUCAUCGCAACCCGAAUCAGAUCCCGAGGGACUAAGCUCAUUUGAUUUUAAAAUCUCAGAGAACCCAUUGAAACAGACCGAGGGUUAUGCUAGUACUAAUAAGGACAAACGCUCUAUUGCAGAUGAAAAUAAAAAAGAUGAGCAUGCAAAGAAUAAGAAAAAGAAAAAGAAAGACGUAGUUGUCAGUCGUCCGCCAAUAAUCUAUCACCCUCCCCCAGAAGUUUACCACAGACCGGAAAUCGUUGUGCAUCGCGCACCAAUACUUAUUCAUAGGCCACCCAUUGUAUACCAUCAGCCACCAGUUGUAGUACACCGCCCUGCUGUUGUCUAUCACCAGCCACCAAUUGUGUUCCAUCAACCGCCUCCAGCUGUCAAUCAACCAUUGUUGUUUUCUCAUGAUCAGUAUGUACUGCACCCGUCUUCAAUAGCCCAGCAUAUUAACUCGGUAGUCAACCAAGGAGGACAUUAUGUUGGAAUACCUCAUGGUGGUAUAGAGAACUUCCCUCAUGUCGUCGGAAACUUCCCAGGUCCAAUGCAUUCAUACGGACACCCAGGAUAUCCAGGAUUUGCAGGCGGUGCAGGCUACAAGAGAGGUAAAGUUCAAAGGCCCGAUAAAAAAGAGGCCAAAAAGGWCAAAAAAGAAGAUGAUGAUGAUUUCAGUGGAUCAAGCUCCGGUGAAGAUGGCUCAACAAUGAGCACACCCAAGAAGAAAAAGCAUUCAAACGCACAUCGUAAGAACAAUGUUCUUGUAUACAGGCCUCCAAUGAUCUAUCAUCCACCCCCUGAGAUCUACGACCGUCCUGAUGUAAUAGUACAUCGUCCUGAUCUGGUUGUUCAUCAGCCUUCCAUAGUGUAUCACCAGUCAUCUAUUGUGAUUCACAGACCCCCGAUCGUCUACGACCAACCACCUAUAAUGUUCCAUCAGCCUCCACCGUUAACCCAUCAACCUAUAGUUACAUCUCAUGACAUGUAUGCAGCACAUCAGUACUUUGAACCCGUAGCGAGCGCAUACGGUAACUCGUACGGUAGCUCAAUUUCGCAUGUUGGGUCCUAUGUCGGGGCUCCGCAUUAUUUCCCAGGAGCUAACGCGUAUGGGUGGAACAUGCACCCUACUGUGAAUGGACCUAUUGGACCUGCGUUUGGACCAGUUGGACCCCCAAACUAUGGUCCUUACGGCCCAGGGUAUGGACCAGCUAAUGCUCCUUCUUAUGGACCUGCAGUUGGUCGAUCGGUAGUGGAAAAGAGUUCCAAAAAGAGCAAGAAAAGUAGUAAAAAAUCCCAUAAGAAGUCAAAAGUCCGAAGCAAGAGAUCAACUUCUUUGAAGUAUCAUCAACCUACGUAUUCAUUGCUUGAUCAUCAUGAAUCGUUCUUCUCAAAUCCAUUAAUACACAGCUUCCAUAGUGAGAGUUUACCGCAUGGUCGAGGACCAGUAUAUGAAAAAUCWAACGUCAUAUUAAAGAAAAUAUCCAAGAGAAGCACAAAGGGGAAGAAACGACAUCAUCACAAGAAAGGCGACCGAAAGAACACUAUCAUGGUACAUCGCCCACCAUUAAUAUAUCACCCUCCUCCUGAGAUUUACGACCGUCCCGACGUUGUCGUUCACAGGCCUGACUUAGUCUUCCAUCGGCCAUCUAUUGUUUACCAUCAGCCAUCGGUAGUUGUGCAUAGACCUCCUAUAAUAUACCAUGAGCCUCCAGUAGUGUUCCAUCAACCUCCUCCUAUGGUAAAUCAGCCAAUUGCGCACUCUCACGACACCUAUGUAGCCCACCACUACUUUGAACCUGUUCACGGGCCAGACGGCCAAACGGCCAGUUUUGURCAGCACGUUGGAACCUAUACAGGAUCGCCGCAUUAUUAUCCUCUCAUGCGUUCUCAUUAUUCAUUUGCGCACGCCUUUGGYAAGUCAAAGAUUUCAAAAACAAAGACUAAAAAGCACGCUAAGCAUCGUUCUAAGCGAUCAUCUCAAGUACAGAAYACAGCUGAGAAGACCGGAAGUAAGAAGAAUAAUGUCUUGAUAAUGAGACCYCCUUUAAUCUACCAUCCACCUCCAGAAAUCUACGACAGACCUAGUGUCAUUGUUCACCGACCAGAUUUAGUMAUUCAUCGGCCUUCGAUAGUCUACCAUAUGCCAUCAGUUGUGAUCCAUCGGCCACCUAUAAUCUACCAGCAGCCUCCAGUAGUAUUCCACCAGCCUCCACCCAUGAACUCACAGCCGAUAAUACACGCACAUGAUUACUACCGGCCUCACAUCUACCCUGAACCUUAUGCCUCAAGCAUAGCWCAUGCAGGAACUUAUGUUGGGGCGCCUCAUCACUUCGAAGGUGGAUGGGGCUUUGGGUUCCAACCACAUGGUCCUACGGGGCCAGUGUACGCGAAAUCAAAGGUACCUAAGUCGAAAACUAAUGCGAAACCGAAGACAAAACGGAGCACUGAAGACAAUGAAAAGAAUACUAAAAGCGCAAAGGAAGGAGAUAAGAAAAACAUAGUUAUUGCGCACCGACCUGAUUUCGUGUAUCACCCACCACCAGAGAUUUACGACCGCCCUGAUAUCGUCGUACACAGRCCAGACUUUGUUGUCCAUCAGCCUUCAAUAGUAUAUCAUCAGUCGUCUGUUGUACUUCACAGACCACCAAUUGUUUAUAAUCAGCCACCRAUAAUCUUCCAUCAGCCACCGCCUAUGGUACAUCAACCUAUAAUGCACUCGCAUGAAACUUAUGUAGGACAUCCCUACUUCGAGUUCCAACCGCACAACUCGUUUAUGUCACACGCAGGAUCGUAUGUUGGUGCACCUCAUCACUACAUUGGAGGUUUUGGCUACGGAUAUGAAGGACAUUUGCACGCCGGGCAYGCCUUUGCUAAGUCGAAGGUUGCUAAAUCAUCUAAAAAAUCCAARAAAGCAGAGAAAGGAUCAAAGCGAAGUAAAGUUGAUAAAAAGCAUACCAAGAAGUCAAAGAGUAAGUUUACUAAAGGACACAAGAAGAACCUUGUUGUGAUGCAACGUCCUAAUGUUGUUUAUCAUCCUCCUCCUGAGAUCUACCAUCGUCCUGAUGUUAUACUGCAUAGACCUGACAUUGUGAUUCAUCGACCUUCAGUUGUAUUUCAUCAACCUGCUGUAGUCGUCCAUCGUCCUCCUGUCGUCUAUCGCCAACCACMCCUUGUCUUUCACCAGCCUCCUCCGAUGGUCAAUCAACCAAUUUUACACUCGCAUGAAACCUAUUUGGCUCAUAAUUACUUCGAGCCUCAUCACUCCCACGUGGUACAUGCUGGUAACUUUGUUGGUUCCCCACACAUCUUCCAUGGAGGAUGGGGCUGGGGCUAUGGCACUCAUCACGGACUAGGCCAUGCCUUCGGUAAGUCGAAGGUAGAAGGGACUGACGAUAAAAAGAACAAUGAUAAAUCAAAGAAAGACAGCGAAAAAGAACAUGAAAAAGAUGACAAGGAAAAUGAUGACGAUGACGAAGGYGAUGACGAUGAUGAGACCGAGGGCACUAAGAAAUCAACAUUCCAUCAUAACAAAGCCAAAAAAGGGCAUAACAAAUCAAAAAGAAACAUCCACGAACAUGAUUUCUACUCUAARUUGUUUGGAARAGUUUACAAAAAGAGAUCAACCAAAACAGAUACUAAAAAAUCAAAGAAGAAUCAUUUCAAGAARUCAUCGAAAGGCGAAAAGAAGAACACAGUACUUAUACAUCGACCUCAGUUAAUCUACCAUCCUCCACCAGAGAUUUACGACCGGCCAGAUGUUGUCGUACAUAGACCAGACCUCGUAUACCAUCAGCCAUCUGUAGUGUACCAUCAGUCGUCUGUAGUGGUACACCGAGCACCAAUCAUCUAUCAUCCACCACCCGUUGUGUUCCACCAGCCUCCACCAUUGGUCCAUCAGAAUGUUCUCCAUGCGCAUGACACCUACAUUGCACACCCRUACUUUGAAUUUGAUCCACAUGGAUCGUCUAUCUCUAAUGCUCAUGCGCAUGCCUAUCACUAUACUGGAGCACCCCAUUUCUUUGGCGGUGGGUGGGGCUACGGCUAUGGUCACUCGUUUGGUUCCUAUGGCCCAGGAGCUGUCCCUGAUGGACCUUUCUAUGGGGGACCCCAUGGCCCAGCUCCUUAUUCCUUCAACGCUCCUGCGCCUUAUACGGUCCACGGCCCAGAGCCUUAUGAUGUCCAAGGUCCAGCGCCUUAUACGGUUCACGGUCCAGUACCUUAUGAUGUCCAAGGUCCAACACCUUAUACGGUCCAUGGUCCAGAGUCUUAUACGGCACAAGGUCCAGCGCCAUAUACUGUCCGCGCUCCCAUUCCAGCUAAGCCUUCUCCGGCUUCAGUUCCUCUGCAAGAAGCACCGAUCGCUAAAUCAGAUGUUCARAAAGUCCACAAACACAAAUCGACGGGGAAAAAACGUCACCAUCGCGACAGACGAAAUGCCGACAAAGACCAGCCAACAAAGAAAUCAAAACGUAAGAAGUCUAAAGAUAGACACCAUAAAGGCCACAAAAAGCAAGUUGUUGUAAGUAGGCCUCCGAUCGUCUACCACCCUCCAUCAGAGAUUUAUCAUCGUCCUGAUUUAGUCUAUCAUCGUCCCGACAUAGUUAUYCAUAGACCACCUAUUGUAAUGCAUCAAGCGCCAGUCGUUGUACACAAGCCUGCGAUAGUAUACCAUCAACCUGAUAUAGUCGUACAUCAGCCUCCUCCAGUUAUCCAUCAACCCGUGUUAUACGCUCAUGACACCUAUGUACCCCGUACAUGCUAUCAACCCUAYUGCAGCCAUAUUGUCCACGGUGGGUACGUAGGACCCCCUAUGGGAUGGACUAAUGGUUAUGGUCACAUUGUCAAGUCUAAAGUUGCCAAGGCUCAUAAGAAAAGCGUUACAAAGAAUAAGCAAGUUAAAGCAUCUAAAAAAGCUGAAAUAGCUCRUGCUGAAGACGAACCAGCUGCUAAACCAUCGAAAAAGAACGAUAUUGUUGUGAGUAGACCUCCGAUUAUCUAUCAUCCUCCACCGGAAGUUUAUCAUCGACCGGACAUUGUAGUACAUCGAGCUCCUAUCGUUCUUCACAGACCUCCUAUMAUCUAUCAUCAGCCACCGGUGGUAGUACAUCGACCUGCCGUUGUCUACCAUCAACCGCCUAUUGUAUUCCACCAGCCACCACCGGCUGUACAUCAACCUAUAUUACACUCACAUGAUACUUUUGUAGUCCAUCAUAAUGCUCUGUACGAGCCACGUGGAUCUAUGGUCUCGCACCAGACGAACUACAUCGGUGUYCCAUCGCAUGUAGAACAAUAUGACGGAGAAAUGGAAUCAGAAGACGACCACCAUGGUUACCGCUCAUAUCAUGGAGGUUACCAUGGAGGUUUCCAUGGACGCACCAUGCAUGGUCAUAAACAACAAUACGAUGAUGUACAUUAUCGAUCGAAAAUUGAACAUGUUAAAGAGGCGUCUGCUGAUAGUGAAGGGUCCAGUGAGGAUACCAGCGAAGGGUCGUCAGAAUCAGGAAAGGAGAGUCAUUCAGACGAAGCUAAAACAAGAACAAGAAGACAAGUGCUCGGGUCACAUUCUCUGUACCUUACUGAAACACCUUUAAACAUUAUCCAUCCAAGAGCACCAAUAKUUGAACGGUUACAAAAGAUGUCAACUAUACCGCGUCCUUCAAACGUUAAGUCUAAACGAGAUGCUGAACCAAAGCGAAGGAAAAGACAGAUUGAUGAGUCUGAGGAAGACGCGUUUCGAAGCAUGAAUGCUGGUAGCGCACCUCAAGAAAUGCAAUCAGCUUUWCCAUAUCAACGCUUUGCGUAUCCAAGACUGCCUUACUUUCAACCGCAGAAUCCCUUUUUACCGUUCCAUCGUCCUGAGGUCCGUGUUCACGUAGAAACGCAAAGAUCUAAGAUCCCUAAAGACAAAAAGACAUCUAAAAARCCUAAGCGUCAAGUCCUCCCAUAUGUUCAGCAACAAGUACUUGGUCCAAAUCUYAUGGUUCCACCUCCACCUGCACGACCUGUGCCAUCACAGUUUAUUGGAUUUCCACCCAUUCAUCCAGUAAUGCUGCCAUAUCCAUAUAUGAGCUUCGCGCCAAAAAGACCACGUGUGAGCAUAAAUGUACAGUCAGCACGAUCGAAGGUUCCACAGCCGUUGUUAAAGAGAAGUGUUAAAGGUGAGCGAAAAAAGAGACAAUUACUCUCUCCGUAUGUAAACCCUUAUUUGUUGGCUAURCGUCCAAACCCUUUUGGCCCGCAGGUGAUGUAUCCGAGGGCAGUUAGCCCGUAUUGGAAUCCCUUUCUCGUACAUCAAAGUUCGGGAAUCCCGCAUCCCGCCGAGCCCAGAAAUCUGCAAACAUUGCUUAAUAACUAUCUAAACUACAUGUACGAACUUUACACAGGAGGAUUAUUCCAUUACAAACGCCCCAAAGUCAGCGUCGAUGUCCAUACAUCCAAAUCAGACAUUCCAGGAUCUAAGUCACAUGACAUCGUCUUGCGUAGUAGGAGACAACUUUGGAAUUAUCUCCCAGUCUCUCCUCUAACAACUGGUGAAUAUCACUWYCCUKGGUUAUUGAAAAAUAUGGCUCCUUUAAAACGUACAAAUAUCGAAAAGAAAACUAAGAGAUCUGCAAAUAUUAAGGGCGUUGAUAAAGACAAUGAGAAGAACGCCAAAAGAGAUGAAUUUGCUCCACAGGCAGAUCAGAAUAUAAUGCCAAUGAACYCUGAUAAUACAGCGCCAUUACAGUUUAAUAAUGGAGAUCAAAACAAYCAGGCAUUUAAUACAGGAGCAGAGGGUUURAAUGAAUUAGGACCAGGGGGGCUGAACGGUGCUGCAGCUGAACCUCCUCAAACGCAAAGUUUCUUUGGAGGAAACGGCGGCGAUGAACAAAGAGUUGUCAGUGACAACGCCAAUUUACAAGAAAUUGCCCAACAGCAACAAGAUCAACCUCAGGUUCCCGGUGAAAACUCCAACGUUCCAAUUGGUGUACCACAAAACUCUAAUGAUUUCCAGGAACUUCAAGCUGCCAACAGAAUGGCAGUACCUAAUAAUGAAAUAAACCAACUUCCUGGUCAAGCGGGACCAUUCUUGCGUCCUUCAGCUCCGCUACUAACACCUCCAAUGCAACCAAUGUUCCCAKUACCACCUGUGAUUGGUCCGCCUCCUUUGUUKAGGCCGUUCGCACCCAUUCUCCCACACCAACKUUUACCACUUCAGUCGCCAUACCAGACUUUCUUUGGACCUACAGCCCARCCACAAGUCAAUGUGAAUGUUAAUACUGUMAAAUCAACGCUUCCUCGUGUUAAAUCCAAGGAUAAAGUAAAGGCUGACGGUAGGGCUGGGAGAGAACACAAUAAAAAUAAUUCCAAACGGCAACGCAUCUCACUCUUUCAACGCAUGCCCGCGCUGCAAGUGUUGCCACAAAGAUUCUUACAAGAUGGUGUACAAAUUCCUUCGUUUUCAGGUAACAAUAAUGCAAAAGAAUCAAAAGAUCAGACUAACGACGUUAUCGUCACCGAAGUAAGACGUAAGCACGCUAUUCCAAUCAAUUCCAGCAACAAGGAAACACCACAAAAGCGUCAAUUCUUUCACCUCCCUGUUCAGCCCAUCCAAACCGUUCAGCCUUUAGUCUCUCCCCUUCUUCCGCUCAGUUUCCAAAAUCGACCUAAAGUUCACGUACAAGUUCAGAUUGCCAAAAGAAAGUCUAAAGUUUCUUCAAUUAAAGACGGACAGAAGGAAACAGACUCUGUUAAAUCCAAAAGACAAAUUUACGGCAUGAACGAGCUUCCACAUGGACUUGAAUUUCCAGACGAUAAAGCAAAUACUUCAGGCGAUAAAGUUAACGCCAAAAAGUUCAAGAUUCGAAGUGAGGAAGAUUCUGAGGAUCCCAAGGACGCAGCAAAGACAGUACAAAAGCGAGAUACGGAAGAACCAAAGAAAUUCACUAAGACAAAGACGGAAGAUAAAAAGAGGCAGUUUGUGUCACCAUUUGGAGGUGAACGUCAGCAAGACUUCACUGGCAAUGAAGAACCUCCUCGCGAAGCUCAACAGGAUCAACAGGCUUUGCCCGAGGAGCRACUACCGUUUAAUCCGAACGAUCCUCAGGCGGCUUUCCCCCAGCCCGUGCCAGAACCACCGGCGUUACAGCCUGCAGGUGUAGCACAACCACAGCCUUUACUUCAAAUGGCAAAUCCAUUCACACAGCCUCAAGUUAACGUCAACGUUCAAGUUGCGAAAAAGUCAGUCGCUGAAAGAGUAACGACCGAAAAACACAAGACUUUUUCUAAAAGGCAGUUGUUUGGAACCGUACCGUUGUUAGCGGCUCCAUUAAGUCUUGCUAAUGUCAAUACUAUAGCUAAGACAGGCAACGAGAGAUCUAACGUCCCCAAUACUAGUGUUCCUAGUAAAGAAAAGAGACAGAUCGCUCAGCCAAUAGUCGCUCAGCCAGCGUCGUACGUGGUUACUAGUGACUCCCAGCGAAAGGUGAAUAUCGAUGGACAGACGUCGCGUUCUGACAUUGGUCGUAUUAAGAGACAGCUGUACAAUAUCUUGAGUGGACAACAGGCUCAAGCUGAACAGAAGCCCCAGGUGGAGUUGUCUCGUCGGUCUCUCUCAGAGCAAAUAAAUGUWAAAGGCGAUAAAUCAGUUCCUAAAGUAAAACGACAAUUAGCCAACCUUAUCAACAACCUAUUACAGCGUAGAGGAGGGCCCAGGCUCCUACAAAACAUCCUGAAACAACGUAAACCGUCUAUUCUGUUUAGUACCAACAAUAAUAACAACGAUAAUCAGAAGCCUAUUGAAAUCUUUGGGGAAAACCCUCCAACAAGGGGUAACAAUGAAGGAMGGGGKCAACCACGCCCUAAUGAUAUAGGUGCUGGUKCACCGAUGAUGGACAUGACAUCAGCUCCUCCGAAUGCAUUUGCUGGUAACCCUUUUGAUCCUGCAGCACAAAAUAUCCAACAACCUGUCAAUACUCAAAUGACGCAGCAAGGUGUGGUUCAAGACCAAGGUCAGGCCUCUUUUAGAAGCCAAGAUGAACCGAGCAGUAGGGGGAAUGCACUUCGAUAUUUACAGAAUUCUCCAAUACCGAACUUUAUAGCACAAGAGCAAGCUCGUCAACAAGCACAGCAACAGUUUAUAAAUGCUCAGAAAGCUGAAAUAAAUGCUCAGAAAGCUGAAAGGAGGAUGUUCCCUCCUCCACGAACAUUCUUUCCCCCACCAAUGCCRCCACCACCUUUCCUACAGGAACCUCCUUUGCCAGCUAACCGUCCUUUUCUGCAACGACCUCCUUUUGAAGAAAGACCUACAUUCCUUCAACGACCGCCUCUACGAGCUAACCCUGCACUUGAAGGUCGGCCACCUGGAGGACUCCAAUUCGGACUACCGCUACCCCCAAUGAUGCCACAGGUACCCCCAAUGUAUCCGAUGGUACCGCAGUUACCCCCUCCUGGACUACCGCCUUUCUAUCCAUUUAUGUUCCCACCUAUGCAACCGGGAAACAUGGGCCCUUUUGGCCAAAACAGUGAAGACGAUGACCGUCCCUCAGUGAGUGUAAAUGUCGAGACGUCAAGAUCCAAUAUUCAGAAAUCAAAGAAUAAGAAAAAACCCUAGACAGUCGUGGGCUGUUGUCGGAGAAAUAAAGUUUUUUACAGAACCAAGACUGCGCUGCAACAAUAGUAUUUGACAAGUGUCGUCACCUAAAAGGCACGCAGUAGCAACCAAUCACAGUACAGUAAUUCCUUAUGUUGCCUGCAUUGCAACGAUCCAGCAGUAAUUCGUCAAAAGGCUGGAGAAAAAACGUUCCUCUACRAGUGGUAAAUGUUGAACUUUGAUUUUCUAAGAAGUAUUUGCAUCUAAUUGAGAACAUUUUAUGGCAUGAACUGUUUGUGUAAGUAAGAUAGACAUUAGAAGACCAUUUCCUGGUUUAGUGUUCUGUACAAUACAGGACUAUACCUUCAUAAGGUAGAACACGCAUUGGAUUAUGGGAUACUUUGAGUUACAAAGUUAUAUCCUGAAAAUAACUGAUUCUUUUAUAGAGUAUUUCGAAAAAAGAGAAAAUAUCUAAUUUCAAACAACUAUUAGGCUUAAAAAAUGUUGCAUUAUCACGAUAGAGUACCCAAGGUAUCCCAUGGUGCUUUGCGUCAUGAGUUGUACUAUAAGAAAAUUAUAAAGAAUUAUAGGAAAGUGAACUGAACUUAAAUAAUCRAUAAUAAAGUUAGUAUCUGAGAUUACAUCCCAAUUAAUACAAAAGGAGUUAAGGAGUUAUAGAAAGUGUUUUUUUGUGAGUCAAGGAUCCUAGUCACGUGACGAGCGGUCAUGACGUUUAAGUCUAUCACUAUAAUAAUUGACCGCUAAUGAAAUGACGUAAUCAUAGGAACAUGAGAUUAGCGUUSGUAGAUUUCUGUUGAUAUUUACUAUGAACAGCGCCAAGAGAUUUUCUAUCAAUUAUGAUAUUAAUCAUUAAAAAUAGUGUUUGAAAUAAAUACUUUACUUUUA